AUGUACGUCAUCAAGCGCGACGGGCGCCAGGAGGACGUCAAGUUCGACAAGAUCACGGCGCGCAUCACCAAGCUCUGCUACGGGCUCAACCCGGACUACGUGGACGCCAUCAAGAUCUCGCAGAAGGUCGUGGCGGGCGUGUACCCGGGCGUCACCACCUCGGAGCUGGACGAGCUGGCGGCCGAGACCGCCGCGUAUCAGAGCACGCAGCACCCGGAUUUCUCUAAACUGGCGGCAAGAAUUGCCGUCUCUAACCUGCACAAGAACACCAACAAGGUGUUCAGCGACAACAUCGAGGUCUUCCACAAGAACAUCCACGAGAAGACGGGCGCGGCGGCCCCGCUCAUCGCUGAUGACGUAUACGAGAUCGUCAUGCAGCACAAGGACGAGCUCAACUCGGCCAUCAUCCACGACCGCGACUUCGAGUACGACUACUUUGGCUUCAAGACGCUCGAGCGCGGCUACCUCUUCCGCGUGAACGGCAAGGUGGUGGAGCGCCCGCAGCAGAUGAUUAUGCGCGUGGCGCUGGGCAUCCACAAGAGCGACAUUAAGGCCGCCCUCGAGACGUACGAGCUCAUGUCGCAAAAGUUUUUCACGCACGCGACCCCGACACUGUUUAACGCCGGCACGCCGCGCCCACAACUGUCGUCCUGCUUCCUGUUGGCCAUGCAGGACGACUCCAUUGAGGGCAUCUACGACACGCUCAAGCAGUGCGCGUGCAUCUCUAAGUGGGCCGGAGGUAUCGGCAUCAGCAUGCACAACAUCCGCGCCACGAAUAGCUACAUCCGUGGCACGAACGGCUCGUCCAAUGGCAUCAUCCCCAUGCUGCGCGUGUUCAACGACACGGCCCGCUACGUGGACCAGGGCGGAGGCAAGCGCAAGGGCUCGUUCGCCAUCUACCUUGAGCCCUGGCACGCGGACGUGUUCGAGUUCCUGGACCUGCGCAAGAACCACGGCAACGAGCUGCACCGCGCGCGCGACCUGUUCUACGCGCUGUGGGUGCCCGAUCUGUUCAUGAAGAGGGUGGAGGCCAAUGGCAAGUGGAGUCUGUUCUGCCCCAAUGAAGCUCCUGGGCUCUACGAGUGCUGGGGCGAGGAGUUUGAGACCCUUUAUGAAAAGUACGAGAAGGAGGGACGCGCGCGCAAGACGAUCAACGCGCAGCAGCUGUGGUUCGCCAUCCUGGACGCGCAGAUCGAGACGGGCGUGCCCUUCAUGCUCUACAAGGACGCGGCCAACCGGAAGUCGAACCAGCAGAACCUCGGUACGAUCCGCUCCAGCAACUUGUGCUGCGAGGUGAUGGAGUACACGUCCCCCGACGAGGUGGCCGUGUGCAACCUGGCCUCGGUGGCGCUGCCCAAGUUUGUGGAGGAGGGCGUGUUCGACUACCAGAAGCUCUACGAGGUCACCAAGGUCAUCACGCGCAACCUGAACAAGGUCAUCGACGUCAACUACUACCCCGUGGCCGAGGCGCGCAAGUCCAACAUGCGUCACCGCCCCAUCGGCAUCGGCGUCCAGGGCCUCGCGGACGCGUUCAUCCUCAUGAACUUCGCGUUCGAGAGCGAGGAGGCCCGCGAGCUCAACAAGAAGAUCUUCGAGACCAUCUACUAUGCAGCCAUGGAGACGUCCAUGGAGAUCGCCAAGGAGCUCGGCCCGUACGAGACGUUCCAGGGCUCGCCGGCCAGCAAGGGCAUCUUCCAGUUCGACAUGUGGGGCGUCACCCCGUCGUCGGACCUGUGGAACUGGGCGGCGCUGAAGGAGAACGUGAUCAAGCACGGCCUGCGCAACUCGCUGCUGGUGGCCCCCAUGCCCACUGCCUCGACGGCCCAGAUCCUCGGCAACAACGAGUCCAUCGAGCCGUACACGUCCAACAUGUACAACCGCCGCGUGCUGGCCGGCGAGUUCACGAUCGUCAACAAGUACCUGAUGAAGGAGCUGAUCGAGCUGGGCAUCUGGACGCCCGACGUGCGCAACCAGAUCCUGAACGACGGCGGCUCCGUGCAGAAGGUCAAGGCCAUCCCGGACCACGUCAAGGAGAAGUACAAGACGGUGUGGGAGAUCAAACAGAAGGCCGUGCUGGACCUGUCGGCCGACCGCGGCGCCUACAUUUGCCAGAGCCAGUCGCUCAAUAUCCACAUCGCCGACCCGACCAUCAGCAAGCUCACGUCGAUGCACUUCUACGCCUGGAAGAAGGGGCUCAAGACCGGCAUGUACUACAUGCGCGGACGCCCGAAAGCCGACGCCAUCAAGUUCACGGUCGACAAGCAGGGCCUCGACCUGCAGCCCGCCACUCCCGCCCCCGCACCCCAGACGGAGACUGUGGCCCGGGCAGGUGACGACGAGGACGAGUGUCUCGUGUGCGGCGCCUGA